AUGCUUUCAGUUUCAGCUCACACAAGAAGGGAGGAGAGAAAAGCCAUGGCAGACAAGGUCCUGAAGGAGAAGAGAAAGCAGUUUAUCUGUUCAGCGGGUGAAGGUACAAUAAAUGGCUUACUGGAUGAAUUAUUCGAGACAAGGGUGCUGAGCCAGGAAGAGAUAGAGAUAGUAAAAUGUGAAAAUGCUACAGUUAUGGAUAAGGCCCAAGCUUUGCUUGACUCUGUUAUUCGGAAAGGGGCUCCGGCAUGCCAAAUUUGCAUCACAUACAUUUGUGAAGAAGACAGUCACCUGGCAGGGACGCUGGGACUCUCAGCAGGUCCAACAUCUGGAAAUCACCUUACUACACAAGAUUCUCAAGUAGUACUUCCUUCCUAGCCACCGCCAAUGCCAGUGUGGGGCAACCCUGCUAUGCCUACAUCCUCAGGCUCAGGAGGAAGCAUCAAGCUUUGCUCCCUAGACGAAGCUAAAAUGAUAUGGAAAGAAAAGUUGACAGAGAUUUAUCCAAUAAUGGGCAAGUCAAGCUGCACACAUCUUGCUCUCAUUAUGUUUAACAAAGAGUUUGACAGUCUUUCUAAAAGAGUGGGAGCUGAGGUUGAUGUCAUAGGCAUGAUGAUGCUGCUAUAAAAUCUGGGGUACAAGGUGGAUGAGAAAAGAAAUCUCACUGCUUCGGAAAUGACUACAGAGUUGGAGGUAUUCGCUCUGCACCAAGAGCACAAGGCCUGGUCUCAUGGUAUUCGGGAAGGCAUUUGUGGGAAGAAAUACUCUGAGCAAGUCCCAGAUGUAUUACAACUCAAUGAAAUCUUUAAAACGUUGAAUAGCAAGAACUGCCCAAGUUUGAAGGACAAACCCAAGGUGAUAAUCAUCCAGGCCUGCCAUAUUGAGAACCAUGGUGUGGUGUUGGUAAAAGAUUCAGCACGGGCCUCUAAAAAUACAUCUUUACCAACUCCAGGAGAUUUUGAGGAUGAUGCUAUUAAUCAAGUACACAUAGAGAAGGAUUUUAUUGCUUUCUGCUCUUCCACAUUAGAUAAUGUUUGCUGGAGACAUCCUGCAAAGGGCUCUUUUUAUUGAGUCAUUGAACAACUGCAAGAAUAUGCCUGUUCCUGUGAUGUGGAGGAAAUUUUCCACAAGGUUCAACUUUCAUUUGAGCAGCCAGAUGAUAAAGCACAGAUGCCCAGCACUGAAAGAGUUACUUCGACAAGACGUUUCUAUCUCUUCCCAGGACAUUAAAAUAAGGAAGCUGUAUGAAUGUCUGAGGGCCGGUAUGUGUGUGUGGUCGGGAGUGUGGGAAGGUUGAGGAAAGUGUACUGAAAGUCCAUUUUAGUCAAGGACUCAAGGUCUACUGAUUGAGAAUUUUUAAUCCAAAAAUUUAAAUUUUGAAAUGCUCUAAAAUCCAAAACUGUGUGAGCGCCCACAUGAUAUUCAAAGGAAAUGCUUAUUGAAGCAUUUCAAAUUUUAGGUUUUUGGAAUAAGGAUGCUAAACCAGUAAGUAUAAUGUAGAUAUUCCAAUAUACAAAAAUAUCUGAAUUUCAAAAUACUUCAGGUAGCAUGAAUUUUGGAUAAGGGAUAAUCAAGCCGUAGCAUAAUAUAUAGAAAAUACUGAAGUAAUGCCUUUCUUCUGGUCACUGCAGAGCAUGCUGCUCUUCUUCCAAAGUUUUUCUUUUUUUCUUUUAGACCCUUUCUGAGGGUCAGCUGAUAUUGACCUAGAAGUGGCCAUAAGUCUAUGAAGGCUGACUCUUAGAUGUUUCUCCCCUUCACCUCAGCAGGGUAACAUUUUAAAAUAGCAUGUGGCCUUUCCUUUUAAGAUUGCAUAUGUUCCCA